AUGUCUCGUGCAUGUACUUCAAAUGAAAUUUGGUGGGCAAGGAUUUUGGAUAGGAUUGACGAAACUGUACAUAAUUAUCCAAAAUUACCAAAAAAGCCAUUAGCAUUAAAUGCUGACAAUAAAACUGGUAGCGUAUAUAUAAUUGGUAUGGCAACAAAAGUACAUGAGGUUGUUGUUAAUCUGCUUCAAAAGUUUUUCAAAGUUCCUAACAGAGGAGUUAUUUAUGACCCUCCCAUAGUAGUAACAGGACAACCUCUUCACUUUAAACCUAAUGGAGGUGGAGUUGAAAUAGCUCCUGAUGUUGCCGUAUAUCCAAACACAGCACUUGUUCCAAGACCU